AGGCUGAGCAAUUUUUUCUUCUCCCCCUUUUUUUUUGGCAAAACAAAUCGUGUGGUUGUAACAUGUUACGACAAAAAACAGCGCAAGAUCUAAACCGUCCGUUUGGUCUCUUUUUCCCGCUUUGAAGUUGGCGCCUUCCAGUUUUAGUCUUGUAACAUUGGGGGUUUUGUCUCUCUGUUCAGUUUCUAGGGCAUCACCAUCAAGCUGUUGCAGGUGUUGCAAGUGAACAGUUUGAUUCAUGGAUGACAAAAUAGCCGAUGAUGCUCGAUUUGAAACUGACCAUACACUAGCAGAGAAGCAGCUCGCCUCUGAGACCUCCAUGCGCCCUCAGGGAAGUAAACGAAGAAGGGGUAGGCCUGCAAAGGUGGAAAGGGUUGCUCGUGAUAGAGAACUUUCAGUGGAAGACAAUAAAAAUGAUUCAGGUGGAGAUGAUGAAGGUGAUAAAACCGAUAUUUUGGAUGACAAAAGUCCAAGCAAGCCUUUGCCCUCUCCUUCAGGCACAACUUUGCUUGAUGAUGUAUUUGAAAUUGGCCCCAAAAGGAAAAAAAACAAACCUGCGGAAACUGGUCAUGAUGGUGCAGCUAAUCCGAGCUUGUUUGAAUGUCUUAAAUAUAAUGGGAAGUCUAUCAUCCAGGCAGUCAAACAGUGGGUUGAGGGGUAUGAGAAAGACCCAAAGUCUGCAUUAUCUGAACUUUUGACGAUGCUCUUUGAGGCCUGCGGGGUUAAAUAUCAAUUCAGCGAAGGUUCUUUGGAUGAGAUUGAUGUGGAUGAUGUGGUUAUCGCUCUGGUUAACCUUGCCAAAGAUGGAGAAGCUGAAGAUUAUUGCAAUCCAAGGCAAAAUGAUAUAAAACAGAAGGAAAUAACUGCAAAAAGGAAACCAAAGCAAAAGGAAUUUAAAAACUUCAAGGAGAACCUUGUGUGUUUCUGGGAUAAUCUGGUUCUAGAGUGUCAGAAUGGGCCACUAUUCGAUCAACUUCUAUUUGAGAAGUGCAUGGAUUAUGUCAUUGCUUUGUCAUGCACUCCACCUAGGGUUUUUCGUCGAGUAGCUACAUUGGUGGGUCUCCAACUUGUUUCGUCCUUCAUAACUGUUGCCAAGACACUGGGUGGGCAGCGUGAAACUACCCAGCGCCAAUUGAAUGCUGAAAAGAAGAAGCGAAAAGAUGGCCCUCGUGUGGAGUCCCUGGAAAAGAGAUUGUCUUCAACUCAUGGAAAAAUAACUAUGACUGAGGAGAUGAUGCGCAAAAUAUUCACUGGGUUAUUCAUGCAUCGAUAUCGAGAUGUUGAUCCAGAUAUCCGAAUGUCAUGCAUCAGAUAUAUUGGUAGCUGGAUCGUAUCGUACCCUUCAUUGUUUCUACAAGAUUUGUACUUAAAAUACCUUGGCUGGACGCUCAAUGACAAAAGUGCUGGUGUCAGGAAAACUUCUGUCCUUGCGUUGCAAACUCUUUAUGAGGUGGAUGAUAAUGUGCCUUCCCUUGGUCUUUUCACUGAGAGGUUUUCAAAUCGUAUGGUCGAGCUGGCUGAUGACAUUGAUGUUUCUGUGGCUGUUUCUGCCAUAGGACUUUUAAAACAACUGUUGAGGCAUCAACUUCUAUCUGAUGAUGAACUUGGCCCACUUUAUGACUUGCUUAUUGAUGAAGAGCCAGUCAUCAGGCGUGCUGUUGGAGAACUAGUCUAUGAUCACUUGAUUGCUCAAAAGUUUAGCAGCUCUCAUACAGUAUCUAAUGGUGAAGGUGCUGAAUCUUCUGAGAUUCAUUUAGGAAGAAUGUUGCAAAUAUUGAGGGAAUUUUCCUCCGAUCCCAUUCUAAGUACCUAUGUCAUUGAUGAUGUUUGGGAUGACAUGAGUUCCAUGAAAGAUUGGAAGUGUAUUAUCUCUAUGCUUCUGGAUGAGAAUCCACUGAUUGAGCUUACUGAUACAGAUGCAACAAGCUUGGUUAGGGUCCUUUGUGCUUCCGUAAAGAAGGCUACUGGAGAAAAAAUUGUUCCCGCCAAUGAUAACCGGAAAAUUCAUCACACAAAAGCUCAGAGGGAAGAAUUUGAAAACAGCAGACAUGAAAUAACAAUUGCCUUAAUAAAGAGCUAUCCACAGCUUUUACGCAAGUUUAUAGCGGACAAAACAAAAGUUUCGUCGUUAUGUGAAAUAAUUUUAUAUUUAAAACUUGAGCUCUAUUCACUCAAACGGCAAGAACCGAAUUUUUGCUCUACUCUCCAACUCAUAAAGGAGGCUUUUUUCAAACAUGGGGAGAUCGAAAUCUUGAGGUCUGGCAUCAAGGCUCUUGACUUCUGUGCCCGUGAGAGUCAAGCAGAUUUGCAAGAUUUUGCUCAAAAUAAAUUCAAAGAACUCGAGGAUGAAUCGCUUCUAAAGCUUACAUCUGUCUUUAGUCAAGUUGAGGUUGCUGAUGAUGAUUACUCAUUACUUGUAAGCUUACGAAGGCUUUAUAUGCUUCAAUGUAAAAAGUUCCCACUAAAUGAGAGUUUGUUUGAAGAUAUGGUUGGUCUUCUGAAGAAAUAUAAUGAUUUAGGUGAUGAGGUUGUCAGUCUUCUGCUUCUCAACAUGUACUUGCAUAUACUAUGGGCUAGGAAGUCUCUUGAUACUGAAAAUCCUGCUGAAGCACUUAUAUCCUCUCUUUUGGCUAAACGUACUACCCUGUUAGAACAAUUAGAGCAUUUUCUGGACACUCUACUCAAAUCUUGGGAGGAAGGGAGGACUCGAGGUCCCCUUAGUAGCAGAGUUUGCAUUAUACUUGCAGAGAUUUGGUGCUUGUUCAGUAAGGCGAAGCUUGCGCCUUCAAAGCUACAUGCCUUAGGGUUCUAUCCAGACAUAGCCAUCCUGAAAAAGUUUUGGAGGCUUAGCGAACAACAAUUCAGUAUAUCAGAUGAUACGGAAGAUGAAGAUGUCAACGAAGAGUAUGUUGACGUGACAAAACUGCGGGAUUCGGUCAUGACCGCAGCAGCAAAACUAGUUACACAUGAUAUAGUUCCUAAGGACUUUCUUGGUUCGGAGAUCAUUGCGCAUUAUGUUAUGCAUGGGAAAAGCAUUGAGGACACUAUCAAGCAUUUAAUUACUGUUCUAAAGAAAUCUGCUGCAGAUGAUAUACCCAAUUUGUUUCUGGGAGCAUUAAAAAGGGCCUUCCAAAGGCAUGUGAAUGAGAUUUCGCGAAGUGAUGAUGAGUCCUUGGCUGCCAAAUCUAUUGCUGAAUGCAAAGAACUUGCUUCUCGUCUGUCUGCAACAUUCAUUGGUGCUGCGCGCAACAUCCAUAGGUUACACAUACUAAAGAUUGUUAAUGAUGGGAUUGUGUUUGCCUUCACUGAUGUACCAAAACACUUACCCUUUCUGGAGGGAGCUGUACUUCACUUUGUGUCUAGACUUCCUGCUUCAGAUGUUAAUGACACUAUAAAAGAUGUAAAGAAAAGGGCAGAGAAAUUCAAUCCAGAAGAGGAUCCUAGUGGUUGGCGUCCUUAUGACAAGUUCAUUGAGUUCUUACGUGAAAAAUGCUCAAAGAAUGAGGGUUUCCAAGGUGAGAAGGAAGUUCAUGUGUCAAGACGCCGGGGCCGACCUAGAAAGGCAAGGAACAUCUCAGGCAAGAAACUUUUUGAAGGGAAAGACUCAAGCGAUGAAGAGGAAUCCAUUAGUGAAUCAGAGGGGGAGGAGGAAGAGGAGGAGCAGGAGGAGGAAGAAAGGGAGCCUACUUUGAGGGAGUCACUGGGACUCAAAUCUAUUAAGCUCGGGUCAUUGAUGAAAUUGAAGAGAGGUGAGCAACAGGAAGCCUAAGGUGAAGAGAGCUUGCAAGAGGAGGUCAAACUCUUGGUGUCAUGAGAAGCUUGUACCACUUUUAUGGGGACUUGAGGUUCAUUUGUUCAUUCCAGGAGUAAGCAAUGUGUUUGCUGGGGGAUUCGAUAUGCUCUACUGAGGGCAUGUGCAUGUGUGUCUCAAAGAGAGACAGAGCAAGUCCCUUGGGCGCACCAUGCAAUAGUAGAGAAGCCAAUUGAGAAACUCAUCACCGUGGCCAUGUAAAAACUGUGAAAGAAAAGCAGAGUUCCUUCAGCACUGGAACAUGAUAAUACCAGCGGUUUUGUUAGGGAGCCCAAUUUGGCUUUAUGUUUGGUUGGGGGUUCCCUUGUUUGUUACAAAGUUGUUUUUGUAAAUUACAUGGUACUGCGAUGUAUGACUUGUUCUGUACAUAAUUACUAAUUCAGUUUAGGAUGGUGGGUGUUAAUAUUAGUUCAUGUACUUGAGAGAUAUUGAAAAGGUGGGCUUUAUCAGUCAUUUCCUUGAUAUUAAUUUUAACCUUUAAUCUGUGGUGAGUUGUGAGUUGUAAUUGAAUCCAGAUAACAGAAAUCAAGUGCUUUUGAGCUCGCUGCAA